AUGAAAGCCGCGGACUUGCCCUCCAACACCUUGUGUGGGGGCCCAGGGUUUACCCCACAGACUGGAGGUUCCAGGGACUCCCUGAGAAGAGGUGAGGGGGAGGAGAGAGACAGAGGGAGAGAGUACGAUGAGCUGCCGCACUACCCAGGCAUCGCGGAUGGCCCCGCAACCCUGGCUGGCUUCCCAGAGGCAGUGCCCGCGGCACCAGGGCCCUACGGCCCACACCGGCCUCCCCAGCUGCUGCCCCCAGGCUUGGACAGUGACGGCCUGAAGAGGGAGAAGGAUGAGAUCUAUGGACACCCGCUCUUCCCCCUCUUGGCCCUGGUCUUUGAGAAAUGUGAACUGGCUACAUGCUCUCCCCGUGAUGGGGCUGGAGCUGGGCUGAGGACACCCCCCGGCGGCGACGUCUGCUCCUCUGAUUCCUUCAACGAGGACAUCGCUGCCUUCGCCAAGCAGGUUCGCUCUGAGAGGCCCCUCUUCUCCUCCAACCCAGAACUGGACAAUCUGAUGAUCCAGGCCAUCCAAGUGCUGCGAUUCCACCUGCUGGAGCUGGAGAAGGUCCACGACCUGUGCGACAACUUCUGUCACCGCUACAUCACCUGCCUCAAGGGAAAGAUGCCCAUCGACCUGGUCAUCGAAGAUCGGGACGGCGGCUGCAGGGAGGACUUCGAGGACUACCCAGCCUCCUGCCCCAGCCUCCCAGACCAGAAUAAUAUAUGGAUUCGAGACCAUGAGGAUAGCGGGUCUGUACAUCUGGGGACCCCAGGUCCAUCCAGCGGGGGCCUGGCCUCCCAGAGUGGUGACAACUCCAGUGACCAAGGAGAUGGGCUGGACACCAGCGUGGCCUCUCCCAGUUCUGGUGGGGAAGAUGAGGACUUGGACCAGGAGCGACGGCGAAACAAGAAGAGGGGGAUCUUCCCCAAGGUGGCCACCAACAUCAUGCGAGCCUGGUUGUUCCAGCACCUCUCGCCCAGGUUCAUUAACGCCCGGAGACGCAUCGUGCAACCGAUGAUCGAUCAAUCCAACCGCACAGGGCAGGGUGCAGCCUUCAGCCCAGAGGGCCAGCCCAUCGGCGGCUGCACUGAGACGCAGCCACACGUGGCCGUCCGGCCUCCGGGAUCAGUGGGGAUGAGUUUGAACUUGGAAGGAGAAUGGCAUUAUCUAUAGAGGCUGGAUACAGGAGAGACCCAGCCUCCAGCUGUGACCCCCAGCCUCACACCUGGUUCUGGUUCCCGCCUGGUCCUCCAGCUUCAGGACCCCACCUCCAAAGGCCCCUCCGCUCAACGCCUACCUCCCUAGGGCCCUGCUGGGACAUGAGUGCCCACCCAAGAGGCUCUCAAGGACACCGGCAAGGCCUCCAGGCCCUGAGCCCCACUUCUGCCUUCACCUCUGCCUGGGACCUGAGCUGGGCUCCUGGGCCUUGCCAGAAGAUGGCGGCUAGGGCCUCGCCGCCGGGACAGAGAAGGGACGGGGUGGCUGGGCAGUCAGGGAAGGAGGGUCGCCCGGAUCCGACAUUUUGGAGAGAUUCCUUCACCCUCCUGUCCCCCCACCUCCCUUCUCUAAUUUCUUCUUUUUUUAAUGAUAAAGUCUUAAAAACACAGA